AUGGUACCCUGGCGGCGGUUCGACUUUUGCUGCCCCGCUAUUUGCAUCUACUCGUUCCAUGUUCCUCCGUCGUAUCCCCUCCACCAUCUUCGGCAUCAUCACCAGAAGCAGACUGUCGAGAACGAUCAUGUCCGAAUCACCAGCAAAGCGUCUCAAGACCAGCCCGCGCAAAAUUGGCACCCACAAUGGCCACUUCCACGCGGACGAGGCCCUAGCCGUGUACAUCCUCCGCCUCCUUCCCGAAUACCAAGACGCUAGCCUCCUCCGCUCGCGCGAUCCUGCGGCCCUCGAAGAGUGCGACAUAAUCGUUGACGUCUCGGGCGUGUAUGAUGGUACGAAGCACUUCGACCACCACCAGCGCACCUUCGCCGAGACCUUCUCCGCCGAGUACAAGACGAAGCUGUCCUCUGCCGGUCUGAUCUACAAGCACUUCGCACCCGCCCUGAUCUCUCUGCGACUGAACCAGCCAGUCUCGCACCCGUCGGUAGAGCUGCUGUACCAAAAGGUGUACAAGGAGUUUAUUGAAGCGCUGGACGCAAACGACAACGGCAUCAACGCCUACCCGGCGGAUGUUGCGCCCGCGUUCAACACUGGCGGGAUAACGCUCCCCUCCAUGGUCGGUGCGCUGAACCCGAACUGGAACACCCCCGUCGACCAGGCGGGCGAGGACGCGCUGUUCCUGCAGGCGUCCAAGCUGAUGGGCGAGACGUUCGCGCGCAAGCUGGACUACUACAUCUCUGCGUGGCUGCCGGCCCGCGACUUCGUGGUCGAUGCGAUCAAUAAGCGGUUUGAGCACGACAAGGACGGACGCAUCCUCGUGUUUGCCAGCUCGAUCCCGUGGAAGGAUCAUCUCUUCACCCUCGAGAAGGAAUUGGGUAUCACCGAGGAGGGGAACAAACCGUUGUAUGUUCUCUACAGCGAGGGCAGUAAGCCGGGCUGGAGAAUCCAGUGUGUGCCCGUUUCCAAGGAUAGCUUCGAGAGCCGUAAGCCGCUGCCGGAUGUGUGGCGCGGCGUCCGCGAUGAUGCUCUCAGCGAGGUCUCGGGCAUUCCGGGAGGAGUGUUCGUUCACGCCAGUGGCUUCAUCGGCGGGAACAAGACUUUCGAUGGCGCGUUGGAGAUGGCAAAGAAGGCGUUGGUCAUGUAAUCUUCUGUUCUCUAUCAUACCUAGCUAAAAGCCUGAGGCUUGCUUCAUUUCACGUGCACCUUGCCUACUCUACCCCUG